GGUCUCCUGGGCCAAGUUUCUCCUUUUGUAUAAAUGUAGUUGAGUUCCAAACACAGAAUGUCAGAAGCGACAGUUAAAGCUGGCAGAUAUUAAAGAUGAGGUCUUUUUUGCACCACCUGUGCUUCAAGGUGCUGGCCUCCCUCCUGUGUUGGACUCUGAACUGCAGCCCUUUUUCAGGAGCAACAGUUUCCCCAACGUCAGGGCCCCGGGUCAAACCCAGCUACAGUUUUGGCCGGACCUUUUUGGGACUUGAUAAAUGCAAUGCCUGCAUUGGAACAUCAAUUUGCAAGAAAUUCUUUAAAGAAGAAAUAAGGUUUGACAGCUGGCUUUCUUCCCGUUUAAAGCUCCCUCCCAACUAUCUCUCGUGCUACUCUGGGAACUACUCGGAUGACAGCAAAAACUGGCGGCCAGUUGAAAUCUCCAGAUUAGCCACAAAAUAUCAACAUGAUCAAUCUGACAAGAGAAUAUGCACAUCGCUUACCCAUGCUAAAAGCUGCAGCAUUGAACGAACGCUGUGGAAGACAGAAAGAUUCCAGAAAUGGCUGAAAGCAAAACGCCUUACCCCUGGACUGGUUCAGGGCCUGCCUACACCAAUGCUUCGCUGCCCAUCACAGAGGCUCCUGGACCGAAUAGUACGACGAUAUGCUGAGGUGCCAGAUGCUGGGAGCGUCUACAUGGACCAUUUCACAGAUCGAGAUAAACUCCGACUACUCUACACAUUGUCAGUCAGCACUCACCCCAUCAUGUUACAGAUUUUCCCUGGAGCAGAAGGGUGGCCAUUUCCAAAAUACUUGGGAUCCUGUGGCCGACUGAUAGUCACCACCAGCACCAGACCUCUGAAGGAAUUUUACAGUGUAUCCGCAGAUGUUGCAGUGGAUCUGGCGCUUCAGCUCUUUGCUGUUCUUGAUUCCAUGGUGAAUAAUGACCUGAACUAUUUCUUCUACUUUACACAAGUCGAUGCUGGCACAUUUGGUGUCUUCAGCGAUGGACGUCUUUUUAUCCGGGAUGCCAGCAUGCUGGGAGUCAUUGACAAUCAGGAAGGUAGCCACUUGAUGACUGGACUACAGGAAGAAAAGGACAUAUUUAGCUGCUUGAUGACAGAUUGCCAGAAUGCACUCCCCUCCUGUAAUUCUAUAAAACGCACUCAGAGCCUCAGCAUGGUGUGUAUGGAACUUCUGCCUAAGCUUUUAAAAGAUAAAUUUCUGCCUCCGAUGCAGGUGAAGAUUGACAGUACUCUGAGCAUCUGUGCAGACAACUUUCUCACUGAGCAAGAGGUUAUCACAGCAGCUGAGGUGUUGGUAGAAAUUUUGAAACCCUUGCAGAUCUGUGAUUCUCAUUUUGCCUACCGCUACCCUGACUGCAAAUAUAGCAUCAAGCCUUAAAAUCAAUCAAUCAAUCAAUCAUCAAUCAAUGGAAAAACUUUUCUAGUAUGCUGGAUUGUCCUCUCCUUAUUUCUUCUGCCUCCUAAAGUGAAAUCAUCCAUCUACUCCCAUCCAUUUUUGAAGUGGAAUUAUAUACCCAGCAAGAUACUAAUACUAAUUUUGCUGCAUAAAUGGACACUCAUUUAUUGCACUAACAUUCCAGGGUGAAACUGUGAAUGUUUUGGGUUAACCCUUCAAAGACUUGCAGCUCACAUGUGACUAAAUAUCUCCUAGCCACUUAUUAUUUAUCCAUUAUUUUCUAACCUCAUAUUUACUUCAUCCUAAGAGAUUUUUUAAUAAUAUGUAUACCCCAUAGCCUAGUUAUUGAAAAGGAUGCAGUCCUAAUAAAGACUUUUAGAGCCUC